AUGGUCGUACUUAAUGGCAUCGAUCUUGACGCAUUGGGAUAUAUCAUUAAAGUACCCUACAAUGGCAGCGGUCCUACUGGCGGAGAUUCUCUAACGGAGGAUUUGAAUAUAUGGUACGAGAGCGGUGAUAUGGCGUGGAUGAUAACAUCCACAGCUCUCGUGUUGCUCAUGAUUCCGGGAGUUGGCUUCUUCUAUUCUGGUCUUGCCCGACGUAAAUCGGCCUUAUCACUAAUAUGGCUCUCCGUCAUGGCAACGGCCGUCACUACGUUUCAGUGGUUCUUCUGGGGCUACUCGUUGACAUUCUCGCACACGGCAUCUGCUUACAUCGGAGAUUUGUCCAACUUCGGGUUUAGAAAUGUAUUGGCCCAGCCGUCAGUUGGCUCUUCGAAGGUCCCGGACUUGCUCUUUGCCGUCUACCAGGGCAUGUUCGCGGCCAUAACCGUGGCGCUCGCGACUGGCGCCGUUGCUGAAAGGGGGCGAAUGCUGCCGUGCGUCAUCUUCAUGUUUAUCUGGACCACGAUCAUCUAUGAUCCGAUCGCUUGCUGGACUUGGAACCCUAAUGGAUGGUCGAACAAGAUGGGAGGCCUCGAUUUCGCUGGUGGUACACCGGUCCAUAUUGCCUCCGGGACAGCUGCGCUUGCAUAUUCGAUGAUGCUUGGAAAGCGACGAGGUCACGGAACGCACGAAUUAAACUACCGACCACACAAUGUUACUCACAUAGUCAUCGGGACGGUCUUUCUAUGGGUCGGCUGGUUUGGUUUCAACGCCGGUAGCGCACUCUCAGCCAACUUGCGCGCCGUCAUGGCCGCAGUGGUGACAAACCUGGCGGCAUGUGUCGGCGGCAUUACAUGGUGUGUGCUUGAUUACAGAUUAGAGGGCAAAUGGUCGACGGUGGGCUUCUGCUCCGGGGUUGUCGCAGGUCUGGUGGCGAUCACACCGGGUUCAGGCUUUGUUCCUGCUUGGGCUGCAAUUAUUUACGGAAUUCUCGGGGCCGGCUUUGCCAACUACGCUACCAAGCUCAAGUUUUUUCUACGGAUCGACGACGCCUUGGAUAUUUUUGCCGUGCAUGCUGUUGGGGGCUUUGUAGGAAAUAUUUGCACGGGUUUCUUCGCCGCCGACUAUAUCGCUCACCUCGAUGGCUACACGCAAAUUCAGGGCGGUUGGGUGAAUCACCACUGGAUCCAACUGGCAUACCAACUAGCUGACUCCAUCUGCGGAGGUUGUUACUCGUUCGUCGGCACAUGCAUAAUCUGCUUCAUCCUAAACUUGAUCCCGGGCCUCCAACUACGAACGACCGAGAACUCCGAAAUAUUGGGCAUCGACGAUGCAGAGAUCGGUGAAUUUGCAUACGACUACGUGGAGAUUACUAGGGAGUUGCUAAAUGACAUCGAAGGCGAAGCAAAUAGCCGGUACUCUGCAGAUGCCGGGGCUUCCUUCGACCCCCGAGAGAAGAAUAGUAUUCCCCUGAUGGAUCCGCGUGUGUACGCUGGACAGCAGUCGCAGUCACCUAUACCAUCAUAA